AUGGUAAAAUUAACGACAGAUAUGGUCGAGAAAAAAUGUUCUCAAAUAUUGACUAGAAAAUCACUCAGUAAAACAAUGAACAAGGAGGACUUGUGGAAGUUGACGCAUUUGCAUAUGAACGACAUGUUUAUCAGCAAUAUUGGCAAUCUUGCCGUCUACAAAAACUUGAAAGUGAUACAUCUUCAAAACAAUAAUAUAUCAAAAAUAAAGAAUUUAGAUUUUGCAUGCCAUUUGACACAUUUAUAUUUACAACACAAUGCCAUAACGAAAAUGGAAAAUCUGGAAUCUCUGCAAAAUCUUCAAAAGCUUUAUCUAGGACACAAUAAUAUUAUCGUAGUUGAAGGACUGGAGAAUUUGAAGAAGUUGCAAGAAUUGCAUAUUGAAAAUCAAAGGAUACCAUCUGGUGAAUCGUUAUGUUUUGAGCCACGCAGCGCUCUUACUUUAUCCAUGUGUCUGAAAGGUCUUGAUAUUUCUGGCAACAAGAUGACAUCUUUAAAAGAUUUGGUAGGAUUUCAUGAAUUAAAUAUAUUGGAAGCGAAAAAUAAUCUCAUCGGUGAUAUGGAUGAUUUGACUACGACGAUAAGUACAUUAACGGCUUUGAAAGAUUUGUCUUUACAAGACAAUCCCGUUGUACGAUCUUACAGAUACAGGGAAAAUCUGAUUGCUAACAGCAUCUCCUUAGUAAAUCUCGACGGAAAAAUUGUGUCUGAUGUUUGUCGAAGAUUUAUGAGAAGAUUUAAAAUGGAGAAACACAAUCGCCACACGAGAAAGGCGAGCAAAGUUCCAUUGGGAGAUGAUAUAACAAGUUCUCUAAACUUACCGCCAGCUUUCAAGAAAUCUAUUUCGAGAGCAAUAUUUCAGCAACCUGGACCACAAUUCUCUAUAUCAAUUAUCCCGGAAAAUCAGCUGCAAAUAUUUCCACCUUGGAAAUCAGCAUCUGGCAUCACAAAUAUUCGAAAUAAUCAUGUAACACCAAGGCCAUUCUGGAGUAACGUGAUUAACAGCAAAAUGACCCAAUGCUCUCUCAUCAAUAACAAGGCAAUUGCAUUACCGUUCAUUUAAUUGCUUUCAUCAGUAUGUAGUAUUGAUGGCAACAUGGAUAUUAUUUUUAAAAAUAUCCUACAAUAUAAUUAAAUAAUAAUUAUUACAGUACUUGCAAAUAUUAUUUUGAUACAAAUCGUGGGAGGAUGUAAAUGAAUUAUGAUCAUAAAGAAUGAAAAUUUGUAUACUUACAUUCUGAUAUAAAAUGAAAUAAUGUAUUAUUUAAUUAUGCAAUAAGCAUGAUUUGAAUUACACAAUAUAGUAUUUAUAGAAAUCUAGCAAUAAGGUUACAUUCGUAUUAUUUUAUAUGCUAUUUUCGAACAUUUUCAUGUUUUUUAAAUGAAUAUAUAUUAUGAUAGUUAUAUUUGCAAAUAUUGGUGCAAAUUUUCACUUUAUAAAAGUAUCGGAUAUAAUAAAAAUAUAAAUAUAUGUGACAUAUACAUAUGCAUGUAGUCGUUCUGCGUGCGUGCGUGUGCACGUUAUAUAAGAAAUAUAUAUGCUCAAACCUGUGAUAAUAUACAACAGAAUCCAAUACAUUUAAAUACAUUUACGAAUAUACAUAUGUUCAACUUUUCGUAAUAUACUCACCAACCAUCAUCCACAUGGUGAAACGUAUCCAUGUCAUAACAUCUAACAUCAUCAUGAGUGUUAAUGAUGUUCCAUUUACCCUUCAAAUUAACAAUCAUAAAGACCAAUACUUUCUUCGUUUCAGUUUUAUUCUUUUCAAAAUUUAAAUCAUUACCGUAAUCACAAUCCUUAAAAACCCUUUUUAAAAAAAGAAAAAAA